UAUCGAGAGAUAUGUUCUUGAGAGUUCAUGUAAGGAUUAGGGCGGUAAACUUCGAGAUUUAACAUCUUCAUUCAAUAAAUUAUAUUUUCGCUUUGUUAGUAGAAUGAUGUCUUGAUUUCUUUUGAACUUAGAUCAUUGGGUGUGCUGUGGGUUUUCCUGCAGUUACAAAGUUAUGAAGUCCCAGAAUCGAAGAACUGAAGAAGAUAUCUUAUGUACUGACAAGAUGAUGAAAUGCUGCGUGAACAAAAACUACCAACUGGAAGAAGGUUUGUCUUCGUCAACAGCACUCGAUAUUUGCAAACUGUCUAACCUCGUAAAUCCUCCACAAAGUGUUCCUUCAAGCAGUACUAACGUUCAUAACAAUCAAACAAUCAAGUACAAUGGCAAGAGAACUAUCACACCAGUUGAUUGUAGAUACAGAUGCUGGGAGACGUUAAUGGCGAUUUUAGUUGCAUAUUCUGUAUGGGUGUACCCGUUCGAAUUGGCAUUCAUGAUCAAGUCGUCUCCACAUGCAACACUCAAAAGACUAUUGUAUAUAUCAGAGUAUAUUGUUGAUGCCUUUUUCGCCAUUGAGAUCGUACUUACUUUUUUCGUGGCUUACGUUGAUCCUAAUACUCAGUUUUUAGUCUGCGACGCGAGAAAAAUAGCUUUAAGGUACUUGAAAACUUGGUUUCUGAUGGAUAUCGCAUCAACAGUGCCAUUUGGGCUCAUAGUUUACAUGUGUACGGAUAGACAUAAACUAGGCCUAUUUUAUCAAUCCGUAUUUGGAAUGCUAAGAUUCUGGCGUUUAAGAAAAGUCACACGACUCUUCAGAAGACUUGAGAAGGACAUUAGAUUCAAUUAUGUCUUGAUUAGAUGCAUUAAACUUGUACUGGUGACACUAUUUUUUUCCCACAUAGCUGGAUGCGUCUAUUAUAUAUUAGCCGAUACAUAUCCACACUCGCGGAAAACAUGGAUUGGUUCGGUAAAUCCUAAUUUCAGAGAAGGGCAUGUGUUUGACCGCUAUAUUGCUUCUAUAUACUGGUCCAUGAGCACCAUGACUUCAGUUGGUUAUGGGGAUGUCCAUUCUAUGAACAGUCGAGAAAUGACCUUCAACAUUGUUUACAUGAUGUUUAACCUUGGCCUUAGUGCUUACUUAAUCGGGAACAUAAGCACCUUAAUCCUCGAAGGAACACGCACAACUAUGGAAUUCCGAAAUAGAAUUCAAUCGGCUUCGGAAUUUGUUUCUCGGAAUCAAUUACCAAAGAUUUUGAAGGAGCAGAUAUUGACUUAUAUGUGCUUUCGGUUUACGGCUGAGAAUUUAAACCAACAAAGAAUAAUGGAUGAAUUACCAAAUCCAAUUUGCAAGAGCAUUUGCGAGCAUCUUUUUUUACCAGCAGUGCAAAAUGUUUACCUUUUCAAAUAUAUAUCAACAGAAACACUCUUACUCCUGGUUGCAAAGAUGAGAGCGGAAUAUAUCCCGCCAGGAGAAGAUGUAAUUACUAAAGACGAAGCGCCUGAAAUUAUUUACAUCAUCAUGUCAGGAGAAGUCGAGGUUAUAAAUUGUGAGGAUGGGGAAGAACAGACUACAAAGACACUAGUAAGCGGAGAUAUUGUGGGUGAAGUUGCUGCAUUCUGUGGUAAGCCUCAAAGUUUAACAUUUCGAGCGAAGACAAUGUCUCAACUCUUGAAGCUGAAGACAAGUAGUCUUAUUGAAACAAUGCAGACCAAACCAGAUGAUCAUCAAUUAAUUCUCCAAAACUUUCGGGAAAAGGAAAUGGUGGAUCAUCGAAUGACAGGUUUGUAAUCCGCAUCAAAUGACUCAAAGUGCGACAUCUAUUUGUGAGUACACUUAGUAAUGUAUGUUGUAGUUGAGUUUGCUUAUCAAAAUAAAUGAUUCAAUAAACACCAUGGGUUAAGAAUCCUUGUGAUGUAUCAAAAAGAGAGGAAAAAAAAACUUGUGUAUAUUGUGGUUUCCAAGGAGCUGGGCCUGGACCUAUCUGAGGGACAUUGGUGGUACUGCAGAGAACAUAUAUUGUGUUAUUCGUUUCACCAUGAUAAAGCGACUAGUGCAGGCACAGACGCAGGCGCAGCAUGGCAGCAACCAAACCUGCGCAAUUACCUGCAAGUGUUAGCUCCGUGUACUUGUAGCCUGUAAGCACAUCCUGAAGCCCAUCAUGCUUGCAUAUU